UCCAGAUUACACUCAUUGUUUUCGUUCACUGCUCAGCUGGAAGUCAACAACGGACGUUUGAUCACCAAUAAGUGGCAGUGAAAGUUGUGUAGACAAGGGGGUCCGCCCUCAACAUUGAAGCCGAAGAGGCCGUAUUUCUCAACUGAUUUUGUAAGUCCCUUUCCAUAACAUUUAUUAUCCAGCAUUGAAGUGGAAUAGUAGUUGGCAGUGGUAGUAUGACCAAACUUACUAAUCCAAAUAAUUUUUCCAGGUUCCACAAGACCUGCCAACAUGGUGUUAGCCGAUUUGGGAAGAAAAAUAACCUCGGCGUUGCGAUCACUGAGCAAUGCCACCAUCAUCAAUGAGGAGGUAUAUCUAGUACCAAAUCAGACUUUUUUUAUUUUUUGUACAACUUUUGGCAACGUGUGGUUGUUAACUAAAUAGUAGUUACAUAUGUUGCCAGGUUUCACCCACGCAAGAACAUAUGAUAUUUCUCAUAGAUAAUGUCUUCUCUUUCUCUAGGUAUUAAAUGCCAUGCUGAAAGAAGUGUGUGCUGCCCUGCUGGAAGCUGAUGUCAACAUCAAGUUGGUGAAGCAGCUCAGAGAAAAUGUAAAGUGAGUGACAUUAUUCAGGAACACAUUGUACUGUAGCUGAAGCUGAAUUCUGUAUCCUACUAAUGUAAUCUGUCUUUGACAACAGAUCAUCCAUUGACCUGGAGGAGAUGGCCUCUGGGCUGAACAAGAGGAGAAUGAUCCAGCAUUCAGUGUUCAAGGAGCUCGUCAAGGUCAGUCUCAUUCUCUGACGAUUCUUACGUCAUUGUUUGUUAGUCAGUUAUUGUGGCGUGAAACUGAACGUAUUAUAAUAGUGUUUUGUAAACUGUUUCGGUAAUGUACUAUACCUUCAAACCAGUCAUUCCCGUCAAACAAUUACCUUAAUUGAACUAAGGGAUCCAACAGCUGUAGUCUACCUGUAUUUAAAGGUUUUGAUUGCUCAGCUCAAUACAUAAUUAGUUUCACAUUAGAAGGCCUACCCUCGGACAUGGAUACUCAACUGAUCAGUUUAGAUUUCAUGUGGGUUUUUGGGUGGGGGAGAAGACUUUCAGAUGGCUUGUUUACACUUUUAAAGAAGCUUGUGUGGUUGGAAGAGGCACAUCCCAACGUUCUCACUUCACAUAUUUUACAAAGAUGCAAUGUUUCUGUGUUAGUCGCAUUUGAUGCGAUGGGAGUGUGUCUAAGAUUUUCUGUUGUGGUUGUCUCUCAGCUGGUGGAUCCAGGGGUCAAGGCUUGGACACCCACGAAGGGAAAGAACAACGUCAUCAUGUUUGUGGGUCUUCAGGGCAGUGGGAAAACCACAACAUGUUCCAAGGUGAGCCAUUCCUGGAUUUCAGCCUAAAGAUAAGGACAUUCAGGUGGCCAUUUGGCCAAAAUAUAUUAUGCCAUCACUAAUGUACUGUAUUGAAUCCCUUUUCCACAGCUGGCCUACUACUACCAAAGAAAAGGGUGGAAGACCUGUUUGAUAUGCGCUGACACUUUCAGAGCUGGUAAAGUUUCAUUUUCUAAAUCUAUCUGUUUGAUAUUCCUCCUCAAAAUAAAGAAAAUGAGCUAAAAAACAAACAAAGUCAACAACAACCGUUUUUUAUGUGUGUGCAGGUGCCUUCGAUCAGUUGAAGCAAAAUGCAACAAAAGCCAGAAUUCCAUUCUAUGGAAGGUAUGUAUGCUUUGCAUUUGGUCGCUUCUCAUAUGUAUGUGAUGCAUCUCAUCAAGUAAUUUUUUAGUGAUAUUAGAUUUUUAUGCUAAUGUAAAAGGUAAGGAGCCUUGCACAAGCUUUGGCAGCUUGAUGUGUAAAUACACCCCCUGGACAGGAUGCUAGUCUAUCGCAGGGCCUUGCCUGCAUACAGUACACUAACGUUGUAUAAUCCACAGUUACACAGAGAUGGACCCUGUCGUCAUAGCUGCGGAAGGUGUGGAAAAGUUCAAAAAUGAGAGCUUUGAAAUAAUCAUUGUUGAUACCAGUGGCCGACACAAGCAAGAAGAUUCCCUUUUUGAGGAGAUGUUGCAGGUUUCCAAUGCAGUGGUAAGUAGUAUUUUUGCGCCACUGUAAUCAUUUAAAUCUGUGAACCAUCCAGGGCCCUUCAAUGUCAUCAAUACAGUCAACUAAUGCAAACAUAAUCUCUGGGGACAUUUGUAUCUCUCUGCCAGCCUGAGCUUUUGAUAGUCCAUUAUAAAAUGUACAGUGCAUUCGGAAAGUAUUCAGACCCCUUGGCUUUUUCCAAAUUUUGUUACAAUUUGCCUUAUUCUAAAAUUGAUUACAAUUUAUAUUUUUUUCCUCCUCAAUCUACACACAAUACCCCAUAAUGACGAAGCGAAAACAGGUUAUUAUUCUUUUGUGCAAAUGUAUUAACAGAAAUACCUUAUUUACAUAAGUAUUCAGACCCAUCGCUAUGAGACUCAAAAUUUAGCUCAGGUGCAUCCUGUUUCCAUUGAUCAUCCUUGAUGUUUUUACAACUUGAUUGGAGUCUACCUGUGGUAAAUUCAAUUGAUUGGACAUGAUUUGGAAAGGCACACACCUGUCUAUAUAAGUUGCCAUGGUUGACAGUGCAUGUCUGAGCAAAAACUAAGCGAUGAGGUCGAAGGAAUUGUCCGUAGAGCUCUGAGACAGGAUUGUGUCGAGGCACAGAUCUGGGGAAGGGUACCAAAACAUUUCUUUAGCAUUGAAGAUCUCCAAGAACACAGUUGCCUCAUCAUAAUUAAGUGGAAGAAGUUUGGAAUCACCAAGACUCUUCCUAGAGCUGGCCGCCCGGCCAAACUGAGUAAUCGGGGGAGAAGGGCCUUGGUCAGGGAGGUGACCAAGAACCUGAUGGUCACUCUGACAGAGCUCCAGAGGGAGAACCUUCCAGAAGGAAAACCAUCUCUGCAGCACUCCACCAAUCAGGCCUUUAUGGUAGAGUGGCCAGACGGAAGUCAAUUUAUUUUAAAUUUUUUAGUCAUUUAGCAGACGCUCUUAUCCAGAGCGACUUACAGUUAGUGAGUGCAUACAUUGUUUUAUUUUUCAUACUGGCCCCCCGUGGGUUUCGAACCCACAACCCUGGCGUUGCAAACGCCAUGCUCUACCAACUGAGCUACAUCCCUGCCGGCCAUUCCCUCCCCUCCCCUGGACCAAUUGUGCGCCGCCCCAUGGGUCUCCCGGUCGCGGCCGGCUACGACAGAGCCUGGAUUCGAACCAGGAUCUCUAGUGGCACAGCUAGCACUGCGAUGCAGUGCCUUAGACCACUGCGCCACUCGGGAGACAUUCCUCAGUAAAAGGCACAUGACAGCCCGCUUGGAGUUUGCCAAAAGGCACUUAACGGACUCUGACCAUGAGAAACAAGAUUCUCUGAUCUGAUGAAACCAAAAUUGAACUCUUUGGCCUGAAUGCCAAGCGUCACGUCUGGAGGAAACCUGGCACCAUUCCUACGGUGAAGCAUGGUGGUGGCAGCAUCAUGCUGUGGGGAUGUUUUUCAGCGGCAGGUACUGGGAGACUAGUCAGGAUCGAGGGAAAGAUAAACGGCGCAAAGUACAGAGAGAUCCUUGAUGAAAACCUGCUCCAGAGCGCUCAGGACCUCAGACUGGGGCGAAGGUUCACCUUCCAACAGGACAAUGACCCUAAGCACACAGCCAAGACAAUGCAGGAGUGGCUUCGGGACAAGUCUCUGAAUGACCUUGAGUGGCCCAGCCAGAGCCCGGACUUUAACCCGAUCGAACAUCUCUGGAGUGACCUGAAAAUAGCCGUGCAGCGACGCUCCCCAUCCAAGCUGACAGAGCUUGAGAGGAUCUGCUGAGAAGAAUGGGAGAAACUUCCCAAAUUCAGGUGUGCCAAGGUUGUAGCAUCAUACCCAAGAAGACUCGAGGAUGUAAUCGUUGCCAAAGGUGCUGCAACAAAGUACUGAGUAAAGAGUCUGAAUACUUAUGUAAAUGUGAUAUUUCAGUUUUUUAUUUGUAAUACAUUUGCAAACAUUUAUGAAAACCUGUUUUGCUUUGUCAUUAUGGGGUAGAUUGAUGAGGGGGGGGGGGGGAAACAAUUUAAUCAAUUUUAGAGUAAGGCUGUAACAUAACAAAAUGUGGAAAAAGUCAAAGGGUCUGAAUACUUUCCGAAUGCACUGUAUUGCUUUAGAUAAAGUGCAUGCAUGUUUCUAUUUCCUCCAGCAACCCGACAACAUUGUGUACGUGAUGGAUGCCUCCAUUGGCCAAGCUUGCGAAGCCCAGGCUAAGGCCUUCAAAGACAAAGUAGAAGUUGCGUCCGUCAUAGUGACAAAGCUGGAUGGUCACGCCAAAGGUGGUGGCGCUCUCAGUGCGUAAGUAAAUGGCACUCUUUGCUUCGACAACUUAUCCAAGUAAUGGUGAACUGAGUUUCCUUACUACUGCAGAAUUCAUUAACUCAAUGAUAAUCCUGAUGGUUAGGUAAUGUUUCAUACUCAUGUUGCCUUUUUAUAGAGUGGCUGCUACUAAGAGUCCCAUCAUUUUCAUUGGUACUGGAGAACACAUUGACGACUUAGAACCAUUUAAGACACAACCCUUCAUCAGCAAGCUACUGGGUAAGCUGUUUUUUCCCUUUUUGAAUAAUGGAUCAUCAUAAGAGGUCACAUUACAUUUAGUUUUACCCAUUUUGUACAACCUGUAUUGAAUGAGUUGUGUGUAUUUUGUCCUCAGGCAUGGGAGACAUUGAAGGUUUGAUAGACAAAGUCAAUGAACUCAAGCUGGAUGACAACGAGGAGUUGAUUGACAAGCUGAAACAUGGUGAGAAUGAGAUCAUCAGCUGACAUACUUGUAAUAUAGGCCCCAUAUCAUAAUUGACAUACAGUAUGCAUAUGCUCUGCAGUCUAUAACACAGUUAUACAUUGUUAUGUGGUAUGGUUUUUUUAAGCUUCUUCUAAUCACCAUUUGCACCACAGGUCAGUUCACUCUCCGAGACAUGUACGAGCAGUUUCAGAACAUCAUGAAGAUGGGACCAUUCGGCCAGAUCAUGGUAAGUAAGCGGCAACCAGAAUAACUAUAGGGAGAAAAAUUAAGGUCCCCCAUAUGGCUACAUACUAUAGAUGAAACAAGAAGAAUGUCAACGUUUCAGCACAACGCCCUUUCGAAACAAUCUCAGCUGUAUCCCCUCUUCUUGUUUUACCUAACAAUAUUUUACAUUGUUCUGGUCACGAAUGGGAUGUAUUGAAAGAUGACAAUGCUAAUCUUACUUCUGUUAAUGUCACAAGGGUAUGAUCCCAGGCUUCGGAACAGACUUCAUGAGCAAAGGCAACGAGCAGGAGUCCAUGGCCAGGUUGAAGAAACUCAUGACAAUUAUGGACAGCAUGAACGACCAAGGUAAAGAUGUAAUCCGCUUUCAUCAAUAAGCAACAGUAAGUGACAAACAAAAGGGUUAUACAAGAUGCGUACAUGUUUUCCUCACUGUGGUUUCUUUCUUUGGUUUUUGCAGAACUUGACAACAAAGACGGUGCAAAGCUCUUCAGCAAGGGGCCGAACCGAAUCGCCAGAGUGGCGCGGGGUUCAGGGGUCGCCACCAGGGAUGUCCAGGAGCUGCUCACCCAGUACACCAAGUUCGCCCAGAUGGUGAAGAAGAUGGGUGGCAUCAAGGGCCUGUUCAAAGGUAUGCACUUCUUGGAUGCAUCUUAAAACAUUACUAGCUGUCAAGUCCUUGCUUCCUCCGUCCUUGUUUCCUCCAUUUCCCUCCUCCCCUCUCAAAGCGCAUUAGAGGAGGUAUGAGGGAAGGACCUUGGAUCCUCUCCUCCAAUGCACUGUGAGGGGAGGAAUAGAGGAAACCAGGACAGAGGAAGCAAGGAUUUCAUGCCUAGUCACGUUUUCAGCCUUGAAACGGAAGCACUGGUCCAAUUACACAAUUUUGCGUUCAUCAAGUAACAGGCUAUGUCUCUAAAUUAUUUUUGCAAUUUUACACGUUUGCAGGUGGUGAUAUGUCCAAGAAUGUCAACCCCUCUCAGAUGGCUAAGUUGAACCAACAGAUGGCAAAGAUGAUGGAUCCAAGGGUUCUCCACCAUAUGGGUAGGCUUGACUUUCACUUCCAUUACAAUAAGUCAUGUCACAUUUCCCAAACUUCCUUUUGUUACUUUACUUUGAGCAUGGUCGGUCCAAACGUAAUGACAUAGAUGUGAUAUAGUGUAUGUUUGAGAUAGGCUGCACAGAAUCUCUGAUCUACAAAUCACCUUGCACUUCAAAUAAUCUCUCAUUAUUGGAUGAAGUUUAGCGAUUCUGUGCCUCUCCGCCUUGCUCUAGAGUUGAACUGAUCCCCCUGAAACACGCUGAUUAUUGUUUGUCUCCUCUGCAGGUGGAAUGUCUGGUCUCCAGUCCAUGAUGAGACAGUUCCAACAGGGUGCAGCUGGCAACGCCAAAGGAAUGAUGGGAUUCAACAACAUG